CUUUUUUAUUUUAAAAUAUUUGGCGCCAAAAUCUGUACCUAACCUCAAAACACAGUGUUUGUUGAUUUAGUGUUUACAUAGAUAAAAAUCAUUGUUUUAUGAUACAAAAUAGCACGAAAUAAUCUUGAUAAUGUCCAGAAAAGGGGGUUUUUCGAAAUCCCAAACCCUCCCAACAAAUAACAAAUCUAAAGGGCAAAGUGGAGGAGGCCGAUCAUUAACACAGCCAACUAUAGUUGACGCGUUUGGUGAGGGGUCUGCGGCUUCCCUGGAAGAACAAGUGGACGAUGUUGUCAGAUUUUUCGUGUUGAAAGGCGGGGAGCAAAUUGUUAAACGUAGCGAAGUGCACAAGCAUGUUUUGCCUAAAGCAGGCAGAUACUACGAGAGGGUUAUGGAGCGUGCCGUGAUUGUUUUAAGGAAAGUUUAUGGUUUUAACUUGAUUUUAAUUGACGCUACAGCUAAUACACCCAAGUCGUAUAUUUUGAGUAAUGCCUUGUCUUAUAAGGACGAUGAAACAUUAAGUGACGACGAAGUUCCUGAAGAUGCAAAUAAAAUACUUUUAAUGCUCAUUUUGACGCACAUUUUUAUGUCUAAUUGUUCAGUCAACGAGGGCUCAGUGUUUGGCUUUUUAAAGAAACUUAAUAUCGACGUAAAUGUACGACACCCAGUUUUUGGUAUUGCCAAGGAAUAUAUUACAAACACUCUGACAAAGCUAAAAUAUUUGAAUAUCGAAGCUGAUCCAGCCACAAAACAAAUCUACUACCACUGGGGAGUUAGGUCGGAAAAAGAGAUUUCAAAGCAUGAUAUUUUGAAAUUUGUUUGCAAGAUUUACAAAGAUAGAGUCCCAGAAAACUGGGACAAUCAAAUCCAGCAAGCAAGAGAACAAUGUCUUGACAAUGUAAAAAUACACGAAAACGGAGAAAAUAUUUGUCCACCCAUGGAAACUGAAUAACUCAGGAUUUCUAACCCACAAUAUAUAACUUAUGUUUUUUAUAAUAAAUGAUUUUUUAUUUUAAUAAUUUGUCGCAUUAUUUCAAAAUCCCCAAAUAAAAAGUAAUUUUUGAAUUACAAACUGUCAGAAAACAUCUGUUAACCAGGGUAACUUCAGCUAGC